AUGGCACCUCACGGGCUCCAGUCUGGAUACUGCGCGCUGAGUGGCGCCAAGUCGACGAUCGCCCUCGCCUUUUCCACCGACGGCACGUACUUUGCCUCCACGCAUGGCGACCACACCGUCAAGGCCCGCCGCGUCGCCUCGCCCGCGGCUGGUGCGCCCGUUCACAUGCUAAAGCCCGCGCGCGCGCGCGCGUCGCGACAGGUGUUUGACUCGUCAUCGUGGGCCAUCCGCGCUGUUCUCACGGGCCACGAGCGGACGCCGUGGACGGUAAAGUUCCACCCGCGCUCGCGGCGCAUCCUCGCCUCGGGGUCGUUGGACCAGUCGCUGUGGAUGUGGAUGGUGCCGCUCGGCCACGACUUCAUGAACGGCGGCAAGGCGGCCUUCCACAUCGAGCGGUCUGUCAUGUACUCGGACGCGGGCUUCGACGUCUCCAAGUGCGGCCGCUUCCUCGCGCUGUGCGAGCUCGACACGGCCACCGCCAGCGGGUACCACCUGAAGACGGUGUCGCUGCAACCGCGUUCGCUAGGGCAGGUCUUGCAGACCGUCGCUCUGCCCAACUGCCCCUACGUCACGUCGGUCCAGUUCUCGCCGCUGGUUGCUUCGGUCCUCAUCGGGUGCGGGUAG